CUCUGAAAAUAAUUAAAAAUUUCUUGGAAGGAAGGGAGCGAAGUGGUGGUUGGGGUAGUGUCAGUGCGCAUGCGCGACUAGCCGGCCUGCCGACCUGACGCAACCUCGCAACCCAAGGCUCAUUCCGUUGUGUGUGGUGUUCAGAACAAGUCAGCCCAAAAAUGGUGGACGCUGCAACAUUGGAGAAGCUGGAAGCUGGCUUCAAGAAGUUGGCUGCAUCUGACAGCAAGUCCCUGCUCAAGAAGUACUUGACUCAGGAGGUGUUCGACAAGCUCAAGACCCUCAAGACACCCUCAUUCGGCAGCACACUCUUGGAUGUCAUCCAGUCUGGUUUGGAGAACCAUGACUCAGGAGUGGGCAUCUAUGCUCCCGAUGCUGAGGCGUACACCACGUUCGCUGACUUGUUUGAUCCCAUCAUUGAAGACUACCACGGUGGAUUCAAGAAGACUGAUAAACACCCUGCCAAGGACUGGGGUGAUGUAGAUACUUUCCAGAACCUGGACCCUGCUGGUGAAUUCAUCAUCUCUACGAGAGUGCGAUGCGGUCGCUCCAUGGAGGGCUAUCCCUUCAACCCCUGCUUGACCGAGGCCCAGUACAAGGAGAUGGAGGAGAAGGUAUCAUCCACUCUGUCUGGCCUGGAGGGAGAGCUGAAGGGAGCCUUCUACCCUCUGACUGGCAUGACCAAGGAAGUUCAACAGAAGCUCAUUGAUGACCAUUUCCUCUUCAAGGAGGGAGACAGGUUCCUGCAGGCCGCCAACGCUUGCCGCUUCUGGCCCACCGGACGUGGUAUCUACCACAAUGACAACAAGACCUUCCUGGUGUGGUGUAACGAGGAGGACCACCUGCGUCUGAUCUCCAUGCAGAUGGGAGGUGACUUGGGACAGGUGUACCGUCGCCUUGUGACAGCUGUGAACGACAUUGAGAAGCGAGUCCCCUUCUCCCACAAUGAUCGUCUGGGCUUCCUCACUUUCUGCCCCACCAACCUCGGCACCACCAUCCGUGCCUCCGUGCACAUCAAGGUGCCCAAGCUGGCUGCCAACAAGGCCAAGCUGGAAGAGGUUGCUGGAAAGUUCAAUCUGCAGGUGCGUGGUACCCGAGGUGAGCACACUGAGGCUGAAGGCGGAGUGUAUGACAUCUCCAACAAGAGGCGAAUGGGUCUCACCGAGUACCAGGCUGUCAAGGAGAUGAAUGAUGGCAUUGCCGAGCUCAUCAAGAUCGAGCGUGAACUCUAAAUCCUUGGCAUCUCACUUUUCAUAUCCAUUAUUUUUUUUUUAUUUCUAAAGAUUUGUGUACUUUAAUCUAAUACUGUUUAGAAAACGUUUGUACCAAAGAAGCUAAACUAAAUACACCAAAUCUAAGUGCAAAAUGUGAUGUAAGCCAAGUGAAAUUUACAUUGCAUAUUGGACUCGACUGAAACUACAUUAAGAAUUCUUUUGGGCAUCAAUUCAGUUUCUUUUACCAUCAGUUUCUGAUCUUUGGUUACCCUUUCCUUAGAUAAGCUUUGAAGUAAAUUAAAACAAAUUUAAAUGUGGUAUAAAUACAACUUUGUACAAUUUUAUAAACUUUGCUGAAAAGUAAAUUUUAUAUUAUGUAACGUACAAAGUCCCCUGCGAAUAGAACCUAGUUCCUUGUCGAUAAUUGUACCCUGCUUCUUCCUAGAUAAUGUAUACUGAGGCCAUUGAGCGUACUAAUGACUACUAGUUGUUGAAUUGUGUAUAUGGUUAGCAAUGUCACCGAAGAUGGUAAAUCAAACUGUUGACAAAAUAAAAUUGGUUAUUAAGUUUCAA